AUGUUAUCGCAGCAACCACAACCACGAAGAAAACGAUUCAUACCCAAAUAUGAAGUAGAAGGAGUAUUCAAAGUUGUUCUAGGCGAAGAAACACAGAGUCAAAUCGAAAUGGUCGUAGGAACACAUGUAAAUGCUCAAUAUCCUUGGAGGGAAGUCAAUAAGUCCAAAAUAUUAGAGACAAUCGAUAUUGGUGGUGAACUAUCAGAAUUUUAUUCUUUGAAACAACAAAUAGAAGCGUAUGAUAGUGAAACAGUUUUUAUGGGGUACAUUGCUGAUGAAUCAAACGACGUUGAUGAAUUCUAUGUGUGCCUUACAAAAGACGCAAGAGAUCAUUGUAAGCAGCAAUCUGAUAAAUUUAUAAGGAGACAGGAGAAGAAACUAGAAAAGGCUGUUCAAAAGAAACCAAGGCCUUGGAAAAGUUUUGGAAGUGAAGCGGAAAUUAAGGGGCUCGUUCCAAUCAAUACACGACCUCUAAUGGAAAUGGAAGUAAAGGCAAAGUUUCCUACUGUUUAUCAACCUGAUAAAUUUCGCAUUCGUGAUACAAGUUCAGUUCGUGAUGGUUAUAUCGAGCUGACACCUUAUCGGCAGAAGUUUAAUAAUGUUUUUAAGCGUAGAAUAGAUUGUGGUUCUCAAGCAGCGCCUGCAAAGAUUAAUAGGGAAGCUCAAACCGAGUUAAGGUAUCCUCAAAAUAUGUGGACUCAAUCUAUAGCUGAUGCUCUAAGUCAAGUAGAUGAUGUAGAGGCUGGUGGCGAUACAGGACAAACGUCACCAACUAAAAAUAAAGAAGAAAGUUCUGAGGAGGACGAAGCGGAGACCAAACAGGCUCCAGAUGAAGUAGGACUGGCAGCGUACAGAGCUGCGUUGAAACGUAUGCGACGACCGUCUUAUAUCAAAAUGAUUAAUAAUUUUGUGACCAAGAAGUGUGAAGAAAUGGACACGAUAGUAGAACUCAAUACAGUGAUGGACAUGUACUGCAAUGAUUAUCCAAAUUUAAUAGUUCAAAAAACAACCGAUAUUUAUAAUUCGAUGAUAUUUGAAGAAUACGUUUGUUUCACUGACGUCAGAGCGAAAGACAAAUAUAUUGCUAGUGCAGUAUUUCACCCUAUGUGGUCAGGUAUUGUUGCGAUUUGCUACGCCGAUGGUUCGCCCUCCGUUAUGAAAACGAUAAGCACGCGUCAAGAUCCAAUACAAAGAGCUGUUUACGGAAUGAACCCAGUCAUGAUAUGGAGUCAUAUUGAUAGUUUAAUACCAAAACUGUAUUUAGAAUCGCCUCGAGAGGUGAAAGUUUUGUCUUUUUGUCCGUUUGAUGAAAACAUUCUUGUAGGUGGUUUAAUUAAUGGUCAAGUUGUAAUAUGGGAUAUAACGAACAGGCUUGAUAAUGUUGAAAAGAUUGAAGUUUUAAGCGAGACUAGAGAAAAGUAUCGUAUAGCAAUGAAUGCUCAUAUGGGUUGGAUGAAAAAUAUACGAGACGAUUCUGUGGUACAAAGCACUGCUCUAAGUAAUUUGAUGACAAGUCAUUAUGGAUCUGUCACAGCAAUUAAAUGGCUCUCUCCCAACUUUAAUAUAACUGCCACAGGGAAAUUUGAGGUAAAUGAAAAGGAAAAGAAGACUUUUAUGUUUCUAAGUGGAUCUGACGAUGGUAACAUUUUGAUUUGGAGUUUAUCAGUACAAAAUAUAAGUCAAUUUGAUGCUAAAAAAAUUAAAAAGUCUAAAAGAGUUCCAAAACGGCCGUCUGGCUUAUUAGUAGAUGUUUCUCCGUAUAAAAUUUUGGAUAGAAAUUUGCAGCCGUUGUACAAAUUAAUACUUGGUGUCGCAGGUCAACCCGAAAUAUUGCCUGUGCAAAGUUUCGGAUUGAAUGCCCCAAUUAUAAACUACAUUCACACUCCAAGAAACACAGGUAGCGGUAGAAAGUAUUUUACAUGUAAAAUCGUGCCUCAAACUGAAGCAGACAUAAAUACUAUCGUAUAUAGUGGUUCACAGCACGGAGAGAUAAGACGCAUUCAAUGGGAAGGCCACGAGUUUAAUACAGGGGAGGUUGUGAAUUCAGAAUAUUGUGAUAUUAAAUUUUCUUGUACUCUUCACGAUGGAAUAAUAACGUGUACACAGAAAAAUCCUUUUAUCAGUGGUAUAACGGUGACAGUCGGUGGUAAAAUUUUCGCAAUUUGGUCUGAUAAUCUCAUGGAACGACCGCUAUUCUGGAAGAAAAGGCCGUAUCGGUUGACAGAUGCCGCCUGGUCUCUGUAUAAGCCAAGUUUGCUAUUUUUAACCACUUACGAAGGUGAACUCGAGACUUGGGAUUUACUUAUAAGGAGCGAUCAACCGAUUUCGAUACAGACCCUUUCUGGAAAUAUGUUGACAGGAGUUAGUCUUCAUACUCUGCCAUUGGCUAAGAAUAUAAUAGGCGUGAGUGACGUAAACGGGUCAUUUCGAAUGUUUUUAGUACCGCCUAUAUUUAUGAUUGAAAACCCGACCUACAAAUCUCGAAUGGAAAACAUGAUGAGUAGAGAAUUAAAAGUAAUGACGUCAUUUAUAGAGUGGCAAGACAAAUGGAUGAAGAAUAAUCCGCACAUUCUUCUAGAAAUGAAAAGGAAAGAAGGUGCUUUGCUAGCUGAAAAAGAAGAAGAAAAAAAGAGACUUAGAGAAGAAGAACAAAAUAAACUAGAAGAAGAGGCAGAAGCGAGGAGGCUAGCAAAAUUAAAAGUUGUCGGCCCAGAGGAAAGGUGGCAGAAGAUUAUCCAAAAGUUGAUAGAAAGAACUAUAGCUGUCAAAAAGAGGAUAAAUCGAGCUGAAUUGAUUGAACACGAAAAACCCUUACGUGAACUAGAAGCUCAAAGAUUAGAAAAAGAAAGACGAAUGCUAGAAAUAAUGAAAAAUCAAAAAACGAUAUUUAAUGACACUGUCGCGAUAUUAUUUCCCGAAGCGAUAAAGAAGAAAGAAAAAGUAAAGAAGAGUUUACUCUCUGACGAUAAAGAAUCUUUAAAAAGAGAGUAUCUUGAAGAUUAUGAAAAUCUAAAAAGCUUUGCUCACAAAAUGGUGAAAGAAAAUCCUUAUAAAAUACCAUUCUCUUGGGAGGCGACUAUAGCUGAAGGAAAAGAGAGACGGCAAGCAUUAAAUGCUCACGAAGACUUUAUUAAAAUGCACAAGAAAAGAAUCGAAGAAGAUGGUAAUCGGCUGUCUCAACCCUCAAACCGUGACUCAUGA